CUCAACGCGGAUGAAAACAGUGGCGGACGCUCAUGGACGUCAGAUAUCACAAGGGCUUGUCAUACAUCCAUGGAGACGCGCAGUUGUCGCUAAAGCAAGCUGAAUAAUUCAUCAGAGAGUUAUGAGAGCGUUGGAGGUCCGGAACAGAAGAAGUACUGAAAGCAAAAUCACCAAUUUUUUCCGGCCGAAGGCACCGAAUGGUGAAGUCCGCCCAUCACAACUCUGAAUCUGUCGACCAAUCUACCGACCAGUGACUUCGCCAUAUUCUUCCCUCACGAAAGUGAAGUGCGGCUCUGAAAUCUGCAGGGGAACAUGUUUUGUCUGCGCCUGUGCCUGCGCCUGCGGCUCCUGCCCGGGACUCGGGUGUCGGAUGUUUACGGGCACAGCGCCCACAAGCUGGCCUCACUCCAUGGAGCCACAAAGCUCCCCCCAAAUAAAACCCAGAACUUGCUUUACCCCUUCAGUGGGCUGGAAGCAUACCUGGACAGGUCCGUGGACAGGACGCCGUUCCAGCUCUUUCAUCCCAGUGUGGAGGACAUGGUGAAUGCAGAAAAGCUCUUUAACGCUUCACCAACUCAUAAGAUUGAUUACUACGUCUCUGCAGAGAGGAUGGACCAUGUACCUGCGCUGCGGCAGCCAGAGGUGUGUUUCAUCGGCAGAAGCAACGUGGGCAAGUCGUCUCUCAUCAAGGCUCUGUUCUCCCUGACUCCUGAGGUCGAAGUCCGAGUCUCCAAAACUCCGGGUCACACAAAGAAGAUGAACUUCUUCAAAGUGGGCAGAGCAUUCACCAUCGUGGACAUGCCGGGCUAUGGACACAGAGCACCCAAGGACUUUGUGGAUAUGGUAGAGCCAUACCUUUACACGAGGAAGAAUCUCGUCAGGACGUUCCUGUUGGUCGAUGGCAGUAUCGGUGUCCAGAAGGCCGACCUGAUUGCCCUGGAGAUGUGUGAAGACAUCAGACGUCCAUACGUGAUGUUGGUGACCAAGAUUGACAAGUGUGGCCACGGCACGCUGCUGACAAACCUGCUGAGUCUCCAGGAGGUGGUUAAAACACGGACCUCGUGCUGCUUCCCACAGCCGCUUCUGGUCAGCUCCCUCCAGUUUUUGGGGAUCUACCUCUUGAGAUGCUUCAUCUGCCACCUAACAGGCAGCAUCAGGUUGACAGACACCUCUCAGAUCCGAGCAGAGGCCAGUGACUGAGGUCUGGACUCCUUCUCUUGAGUCUCUUCCCAACAGCCGAGAUUUGACUGCACUUUUAAUGUAUUUUAUUAUUAAUUAUGGGCAAUGUAGGGUGGAGGGGGGCUUUGACUGCCGGACCACCUCUGCUUGUCUCUACUUGUCUAGAUAAUAACUAAAGAUGCUUUUAUUUUGAAAUAAAAUGUAAAAAUCCA